UUGCUCUAAACCAUGUUCAUUGUUGUUGAAAAGUUCCCUAAUAUUCAAGUUUAACAUCUGUAGUCUCUAGAUUUCUAGACCUAAAGCUACACUAAAUAGGAUCUAGAUCCUCUAUCUAUAGGCCUAAUUUGCUAUAUUUUUAAAUAGACAUACGUCAUAAAAAUGACGGAAGACGAGGGACAAGAGUUUAAACUGCAGGCAAAUUCUGAACUUAGAUUUGAAGUUGAGGCCAAAGCUACUGUUGAAAUUGAGAUGCUGGAAGGCCGGAGUGAAAUGUUUGGAACAGAAUUAGCGAAAAAUAAAAAAUAUAUUUUUGUGUCAGGAUCGAAAAUUGCAAUAUUUACAUGGCAUGGUUGUGUCAUUCAGUUAAAAGGCAAAGCAGAAGUGGCUUACAUUUCUAAAGAGACUCCAAUGACUGUUUAUGUCAACACACAUGCUUCCCUUGAACAAAUGAGAGAAAAAGCAGAGAAUGAAAACACAAGAGGACCAAGGAUGUUAGUUGUUGGUCCAACUGAUGUUGGGAAGUCCACCUUGUGUAGAAUACUCGUCAAUUAUGCUGUUCGACUUGGAAGAUCACCAGUUUUAGCAGACAUUGAUGUUGGCCAGGGCAACAUGGGUUUACCAGGAACAAUAGGAGCUCUUGUUGUAGAGAGAACAGCUGAUGUAGAGGAAGGUUUUCAGCAAACAGCACCAUUGGUCUUUCAUUAUGGUUAUAAGAGCCCAAAUGAUAACUUUCAGCUGUACAAUUUGCUAGUUUCUCGUUUGGCAGAAAUUAUUAAUGUGCGAUGUGAACAGAGCAAAAAAGUGAAUUGUAGUGGAGUCAUAAUUAACACAGCUGGCUGGAUUAGAGGAGCUGGUUAUGAAGCAUUGAAACAAGCUGCUGGAGCCUUUGAAGUGGAUGUAAUUUGUGUCUUGGAUCAGGAGCGACUUUACAACCAGCUCAAGAGUGACCUGCCUGACUUUGUCAGGAUAGUUUUACUUCCAAAAUCAGGAGGGGUUGUUGAGAGAUCUCAAGCAGCAAGAGCGGAUGCUAGAGACAGUCGUAUCAGGGAAUAUUUUUAUGGCUUGAAAAAUAACUUUUUUCCUCACAGUUUUGAUGUCAAGUUUAAUGAUCUUAAAAUAUUUAAAAUUGGAGCACCAUCACUACCAGAAUCUUGCUUGCCAUUGGGAAUGAAAGCUCAAGACAGCCAGACUAAACUAGUUCCAUUAAUUCCAAGCAAUAACCUUCUGCAUCAUGUACUGAGUAUCAGCGCUGCUGCAACUGUUGAUCAAGAUAUUGUUGAAACUAAUGUUCUGGGUUUUAUUGUUGUUACUGCUGUAGACAUGGACAAAUCUGUCUUUACAGUUCUCUCUCCAUCUCCAAGACCACUCCCUCGAGAUAUAGUAUUAGUGAUGGACAUUCAAUUCAUGGAUAUUAAAUAAUCUCUUUUGUUGAAUAAAGUUUUUUUAAUCUUU